UUUUAUCCAAUUGCUAACCAGGCAUUGUAUGGUUACGACCAAGCAUCCAACAAAUCUUUCAAAAGCGAGAAAAUCCCAAAUGGCGUCAGAACUCAGGUGGAAGAUGGAAUCCAGGCUCUGUUUGUGCCCGCAGGAGAAGAGGUCGACCUUGGUGACUUUGCUGGUACGUGCAUCAGUAAUCCAUAUCUCUGUCAGAAUUUUACUGUGUCAUUUCUAUUUAAAACUGGAGCCGAUAAAGAUCUAAAGGUCCUGGAUUCGGGCUUGCGUGCUGAUGACCAAACAGAUGAGUACGAGUAUGGCUGGUCAUUUGAGAUU